AUGCUCCUUGGGAGCCGAAGACGGAGGCCUCCUCGUCGUCACGGCCCGUCCCGCCGGCCUGAACACUGCGCAUUCGCGGCUGAUGGGCGUGCUCGACAGCUUCCGUAUCCGUACCAGCUUCAAUGUGACGCGAGCCUCCCCACAACCUGCGGUUCACGAUCGUCGCUAUUCUCGGCUCGGCGACCUUGCUCCAGUCUUCUAUUUCGCGGGGGAGAAUCUGGGGCUCGGCCCUUCCAGUUCGGCAUCCCGCUUGCGAGGCAUCCGGUAGUGCCGGCACUGAUUGGGACGGUGUCGUCUGUUGGAUCGUCGUCGUCGUCGACUCGCCGACAUGGUUACGUACAUGUAUUUACGCUGUCCGUCGCUCUCACAUGGAGCGGGCAACCCCGGGCUGAGGCCGGAAGACUCCGGCGGCUCGAGGGGCGCCCAUCGUGUGUCAAAGCAUCUACGGCUUCAGCCAUUUCGGGCUUGCAGGCAUCAUCGUCUUGGAGAAGACGUGGCUGGACGCGCUCCAAAUCUCGCCUCUUUUCUUGGCUUGCGAGAUGUGAUUGGCAUUUGGAGAUUUCGUUGAGGCGAUGA